AUGAAGUUCUUCGGUCUUUUCCUCGCUUAUGCACUCCCGGCUCUGGGCGCCCUCCUCACGCACCGCGAUGUGAGCAGGAAUCUUGCGCUACGCAAAUUCGCAUUGCCAUUGAACACCCUUGCUGCUGCAAGCGCCAACCACUCCACCAAUGGCACAGCGAAGGUGGAGAGCGGCAGCAACGGCACUCAGAUCACGCUUCCCGGCAACGACACCGCGGCCACGAACGGCACCGCACGAGGCAUCAUGCUCAUCCCCAGCACGAGAUUCCUGGGUUCUUCGAGCCACAAUGACGGUCACGACAUCUUCGCGAACGGUACCAUCCCUGUCUUCCUCAGCGGUACCACGCCCGCCAACGGCACGAACGGGACGUUCCUCCUCGUUCCCAGCACGACCUUCCUUGAUGUCGCGCACGUCACGAAUCGCACUGGGAUCCCCGCCAACAGCACCGUGCCCGUCUACCUGAACGGCACGGCGCACGCGAACGGUACCGAGAUCACGUUCCCUGGAAGUGGGUCGACGACAUAUAAUGGCACGGUUAUGUUCGUCCCCGCAUCGUCCUUCUUCGGCGCCUCCCAUCGCACGAAUGGUACCAAGAUCCCAGUGAACGGCACCGUACCCAUCUUCUUCAACGGCACGACGCCUGCGAACGGUACCCAUGCGACGCCGAAGGCUGCCAUCACCAGGGCGAAGUUCUUCCAGCUAUACUGA